GGUGUUAUGUAAUGAGUGUUUUUUAAUCGUUCCCGAAAUACGUAUCCGUGUUAAUUUAGUAAUUUUUUGUUGCUUUUAGAGCUAAAUAUUUUUAAUGUAAUUUUCAAAUAUACAUGUUAAAUAAAUUCUGCAGGUAUACAUUUUAAAAUAACUUCUAAAAGUGAGAUAAUAAUGGAUUUGUACACCUGGGGUGUAAAGAAUAAUGUGCUGUUAUCAAAUAAAAUUGAAUUUAAUUGACCCUCUGGAACAAGGAAGAUAGUAAUUUUGAAUUGGAUAAAUGAUUUUUACAUUGAACAAAAGAAUGUUCGUUCCAGUGAAAGAAAUCAAGUGUCACCUACACUUGUAUUUUAAGGAUUUGAGUUUGAAAAGCGGUUAAAUCGUCUUGUCAACAUUUGGUAUGGGUCAGCUGUUCCACGUUCCAUUACGGCGGUCGGUUGUUACCGCCAGUAUUCGUCAGCGCAUGUCGGUGCUUCUGUCCGCUACAGUAUCAUCGUCAGUCAGUAACGUUGCUUCAGCAUCGUUGUGUGCGUCUGUUUACGUUACUGCGCGCGCAGUCGUUUAUCAUUUUGUUUAGAACAAUUGCGACGCUUGUGUGAUAACUGAUAACCGUUGUUAAAGUUAUUUAUUAUCUAUUAGCCUUUGAUCUCCGCUCGGAAAGGAACUGAAAAUAUUAUUUUUAAAUGAUUUUAGUUUUAUUUUCGACAAAUGUCUUAAUCGAUAGUUUCAUGCUCUAAACCCUCGUUGGGUUUAAACACGCUACCAUAAUUUAUAAUAUUUCGACUUGAGUAGUCUAGUUUCAAUUACAAAAUGCCUACCGUCAUAUCCAAGUUCUUAGACGGACGAAUAAAACGAGAACACUACGGCAAAGGCGUGUUGGCCAUAGCCGUGUUUCUGUACGGUUGUAAGCUUGGAUAUCCUGUUGUGCUGAAGGUAUGCAACAGUGGAAGAAAUAAUGAUAAGCCCAAGAUUGACCCAUACGAAAACAACAACAUCAAAGGACUACCCUUACAACCCGCUGAAAGUGUUCCAAUUGUGGUCAACUGCAAAAGAAAAAAGUUCAGGGUAGCCUCUGGUCCUGCUAUCAAUCGUGAGUUUUUGAUACAACUUCGAAAGCUUAUCCGGCUAAUGGUGCCAGGAUUUUGGACACCAGAGGUGGGCUUGCUUAGUAUGCAUACAGUUGCUCUUAUAUGCCGCACGUUCAUGUCGAUUUUUGUGGCAACCAUGGAAGGCCAAAUGGUCAAAUAUAUCGUUCGUCGGGACACCAAAAACUUCGGUCUAAUGUUACUUAAGUGGCUGUUGUGUGCAUUGCCCGCCACUUUCCUGAACUCGAUGAUCCGUUAUUUGGAAUGCAAACUGGCAUUGGCAUUCAGAUCACGAUUGGUGGAUCAUGCUUAUGGACUUUACUUUAAGGAUCAGACUUACUACAGGGUUAGCAAUAUGGAUGGUCGCAUUGAAAACGCCGACCACCGUCUUACAGAUGACAUCACUGCAUUCACUUCGUCUGUUGCUCAUCUUUACUCGCACCUGACCAAACCUUUAUUUGACUGUGCUCUGAUAGGUCUUACGAUGGCUAGAAGUAAUAGAAAAAUGGGUGCUGCUGUCAUACCUGGGCCGUUGUUGGCUAUAGUAGUCAUUAGCAUUACCGGACAAAUAUUGCGGAUGCUAUCACCGAAAUUCGGUUCUUUGGUUGCUAUAGAGGCCGAUAGAAAAGCAUAUUUACGGCAUAUCCACUCCAGGGUUAUUACAAAUGCUGAGGAGAUCGCGUUCUACGGCGGGCACAAGGUAGAAAAGAACCACUUGCAAAAUGCAUACAAAUCUCUGGUGCAACAUAUGAAUUCUGUGUUUACCCAAAGAUUGUGGUACGUGGUUCUUGAACAGUUCCUAAUGAAAUACGUUUGGAGCGGAACCGGAAUGGUGGUCGUCUCUCUUCCCAUAAUAACUAGUUCAAGAGUAGCAGAACUCAAUAAUUCUCUGGAUGGUGGAGUGAGUGAGAGGACUCAGUAUCUCACCACGUCUAGAAAUUUAUUAGCUUCAGGAGCGGAUGCUAUUGAGAGAUUAAUGACUUCAUAUAAAGAAGUUGUUGAAUUAGCUGGAUAUACAUACAGGGUAGGAGCUAUGUUGGAUGUAUUUAGUGAUAUGAGCAAGUGUAAAUAUCGCAAAAAUGGUCUUUCUAACUCCAAAGUUCCGAAAAUGUUAUCAAAAUUACAUUACAACAAAGAUGGACAAAUUGUUAUAAGUGGUGUAAUAAAAAAUAGUCCCGAUGGAAGUAUAUCAUUGUAUGAUGUACCAAUAGUAACUCCAAAUGGUGACGUAGUUGUUCCUAGUUUAACACUUACUGUAAAACCUGGUGAACAUCUUUUAAUUACUGGCCCUAAUGGAUGUGGGAAAUCAUCGUUAUUUAGGGUACUGAGUGGUCUGUGGCCUGUAUAUGCUGGCACACUUAUUAGACCUCCAAACUUAUGCAUGUUCUAUAUUCCACAAAGACCUUACAUGACAAUGGGUACAUUAAAAGAACAAGUGAUUUAUCCAGACACACUACAAGAUAUGCUAGCGAAAGGGAUCACUGAACAAGACUUAGAAGCUUGUUUAACUCGAGUACAUCUUUACCAUUUAAUCCAAAGAGAAGGCGGUUGGGAUGCAAUGGCUGAUUGGAAGGACGUUUUAUCAGGAGGAGAAAAACAAAGAAUGGCGUUUGCUAGAAUAUUUUAUCAUAAACCUUCUUUCGCCUUACUAGAUGAAUGUACUAGUGCUGUCAGUAUAGAUGUUGAAAGUGACAUGUACCAAUCAGCUAAGGAUUCUGGAAUCACUUUACUUACUAUUACACAUAGACCUUCAUUAUGGAAAUUCCACUCUCAUAUAUUACACUUUGACGGCGAAGGUGGAUGGAAAUUGACGUGCCUUGGUGAUAUGGAAAAAAAUACUGGAGUACUCUCAAUUGAACCAAAAAAUGAUAAAAUGGUGAAUGGUGUUUAAUGGGAAAAUCAAAAACAUAUCUUGCCUAUCUUAAAUUAAUUAUUUAUAAAAAUGUGAUUAUUUAUUUAAAAUUAUAUGUUAUUAUAGGCUAAAAAAAAAGGCUAUAAAGUGAUAUAUGUGAAUAUUUCAUGUCUUCCAUUUUUAUGUUUAGAGUGAAGAUAUGAAAUAAUUAGUUUUAAAAAUUGUAUAGAUAGAUAUAAUGUUUUUAUUUUACAUUCAAUAUUCUUUUUAUUGAAUUAUUGAUUCUUAUGUAUUUAUAAAUAUAUUGUGGUAUAUGUAUUAUAAAAAAAAAACUUCACAACACCUUGUUAAUAUAUUUUUAAAGAAAAAAAUGAAUAAAAGCUUAUGACAUUUUACUUAAACAGAUUAAAUUUCUCCACAAAAUUAAAAAUAAAUUUGAAUAAUUUAAUUUUAUCAAAAUAACCUCGCUUAGUUGUGAUCAAAUUUUAAAAUGCAAACUGUUGAAUAUAGUGAAUUUUAUUUAAAAGAGUUAAUGUUACUUAUCAAGUAGAUGUUUUUCUCUUUAUCAACAUUUUCUCGGCGUAAAUUCAUUGUAAAAAUAUAGAGCGUGUUCAGUAAGUAAGGAAACAGAUUUUUAUUGUUCUUAUUAUUUGUAACAACUGACCUGAUUCCUUACUUACUGAACACUCUAUUUAUCAUUAUUUUAUAUACCUAAUUUUAGCUCUGAUUAACAAUAAAAAAUAUUUUUUUGUACUAUA